CCUCGCGGGCGCGACCGAGGCGGCGGCGCCGCUCAAGCCGUGCGCCGGCGGCUGCGGGGCGGCGGCGUUCUGCUCGCGGGCGUGCGCCAGCGCCGCAUAUGCGGCGCACCGCGCGGAGUGCGUCGCGCUAUUCCAGCGGUCCGCGGCGGCCGCCGCUGCCGCCCCUGCCGCCCCCAGCGCCGCAGCGGCUCCUGUGGCCGCGGCAGCGACAGUGUCGUUGUAA